CCUCCUCCCCGCUGCAGUCUUUGCCUUCCUCAGCUCUUCUUCCCAGACAGGCUGGGUGGCUGCUGACCCCGCCAGCUCUGGCACCCUCUCCUCAGGGCGGCCGCUGCCACCCAGCUCAGACAGAAGGCCAUGGCCUGGGAGGCCGCGCACCUGCUGCCCCUUGUCCUGCUGGUGCUCCUGGCCUCAGGCUCCUGGGAACAGCAGCCACUGCUGCUGCGGAUACUGGAAGGGGAAGAAGUCUCCAUAAGGUGCAAUUAUCCAGGCCAGCAAGGUUGGAAGACGAAAACCUGGUGCAAAGUAAUAUCAGCAGGAACUUGUACCUUAUUAGUCACCAGUCCCAGUCUUGGCCGGGGGCCUGGAAACCCACGAUAUGUCAUCAGAAAUUACCCCCGACAGGGGUACUUCACCGUCACCAUGACUGCGCUGAGAGAGGACUCGGGCUUGUAUUGGUGUGGAUUCUAUGAAUUUUCCAAGGUCGACAUUCUCAGGACCAUCCGUCUGGCGGUCUCUCGGGCUCCAACCCCGUCCACCGCCAGGACCACCAGGACCACCGGGACCACCAGGACCACCAGGACCACAGCCGGGACCUUAGCCAUCAGCCCUGUCAUUGACAGCCCCCCAGGCCACAGCAAUGUCAUCCUCAGCGUGAUGGUGGUGCUCCUGCUGCUGGUGGUGCUGGCCCUCCUGGUGAUCCUGUACUUCUGGCAACGGCGACGAGCCAGGGCAGGUGAGGGCAAAGCCCAUCACAUCCAUGGCAUUUCCACCCAUGAGGAUGAGACUGUGCAUCGGACGGAUCCCCCCGCACGUCAGAGGGACUCUCAGCUUUCCUGGGGCUCCGACCAGCAGCUAGGCUCCGGCAAGGACACUGGGGACAUCCACUACGCCUCAUUUACCCGCCUGGACCCCUUCGGCCUCGAGGACCCCAUCUACAUCAACACCCGCCCCGGCCUGAGGCCCACACCUGACCCAUUUCUGGCUGUGGAAUAUGCCAGCAUCGCUAAAAACUGAGCCCUGCGCCCCAGCCGACUGCCCAGGAGGAGCCCAGGAUCAGCAGGCAGAAGUCACUUCGCAGUGAGCACCUGUGUGAGGCACAGGGCUGCUCUCCCAGGGACGGGCGACUUCUUGUGGCCGAGACGGUCCCAAACCAUCAGGGGCCAUCCCUUCCUGCAGAGGAGAUGAGGAAGGGGGAGCAAAGGAAGAAAAGCCUUCUCACCCAGAGGAGAGAAGCUUUGAGUCUGAGGGCUGCGGGGCAGGCGUGGACCAAGGGGUUUCUGGAUACCUGCCCACUCCCCUCUGACUGGAGAGGGUCUGGGGCACAGUGCUUCUGAGUAACCCAAUCUUCACCCCCCUCUCUGGUCUCACUUCCUUCCUGACCAGGCUGUGAAAUGCUAACGGUUAGGAAAGUUCCUCUGCUGGAGACUGUCCCCGUGAGAGCCCCUCCCUUAACUGUCCUCUCAGGGCCUCCAGGCCAGGCUGGAAAGUUCUAUCUGCCACCCCAGCUCCUCUCCUCCUUCUUGGCCUCCUGAUUCUAAUCCAUCCUCAUGCACGGCCCUGCCAGGACAGUGCCCACUGCUCAGGGGUCCCGCUCAGCCUUGCCCUUGCCAGGCAGGGCGUGGUAGGGGAGCGUUCCUUCCUAUUGUGGCCCACUUUAUCAGAACUUCCCAGGGUUCCUCUGCCUUCCCCGGAAACUGCGACCCCUCUGCCCACUGCGUCUCAGGCAGACAGAGUGGUGAGUGAGGUGCCUGCUUUCCCGAAGUCCACGCCCACAGGGCCUCUGGAGACAGGCCCUGAAGGGGAACCCUGAGCCCCGGAACUCCAGGGCCUGUGGGCAGAAAGGCUGUGUCCUGCCGCAUUAGCGGGAGGACGACUUGGAAUCACAGAUUCAUCACUUCUCAAGAGUGACAUUAAAGGUCAUCGAAUCCAACAGCCAACGGGGACCCCAGACCCCUCUGUGAGAUUCAGGCGGUCUCUGCUCCCGUCUCUCCCAGGACUGGGAGCUCGCUGCCUCCUGCUCAGGUGGCUGGUUUGGGACUUUUCCAUCAGUCCCUUGCUCACCUUCAGUCAUGAUGGGACCUCAGCCUUGCCCACAGGAUGGAACCUGAGGACCAGAA